CAGACCAUGAAGUUUCGCAAGAUCCUCCGGAAGUAGUUGUGAUACCUUCCCCAUUAAGCCAUGACAGCAUUCCAGAAAAGGCAUCGACGCCGUUGCAUGUGUGCACGAGCCCCGCCUCGGCAAGUUUACCGCAAGCGUGGGCAUGUGAAGGCGAUGUGAGCUUGACGUAGCACUGUCAACCUGCGAUCACACCAACCUUAUUUCACGCGCUCCUACGACUCCUACGACUCCUGCGAUGCAAUUCUUUGCUCUCCAAUUGGUGUUUACGUGAGUCAAGCUUGGGAGAGCAAGAUGCCGGGCUCGUCAAGGCUACCCGUCAGUCUCCGCGAGACGUUCAACGCGCGGAAGCGCUCAGUGAGGGGGCAGCAGCUUGCGGCGCUGAAUAUCGAUCUUCUUAGGAAUAUCAUAUUCAUCCUCUUCGUCCUCCGUUGGACGCGCAAACUCUUCUACCAGCUCAAAGGCCGCGGCAUCAUCGGCUCCGUUGUCGACGUCUACACAUACGUCCGGCACACCCUCUAUGGCGUCUUCUUGCGUCUACCUGGCGUCCGCACAAAAGUUCAGACGCAGGUCGCGGAAUCGAUACUUAAACUCGAGCGCAAGCUCGUUCCUUCCGGUCCGGGCGUCGUGAGGAUUACCAGUCUUCCAAGCGAGGGAUGGAGCGAAGAGGAGGUGCGAACAAAGCUGCAAGAGCUGGCAGAUAUGGAUCAUACCCGCUGGGAAGAUGGGAGGGUUAGCGGGGCGGUGUAUCACGGUGGAGAUGAGUUGAUAAAGCUGCAGACGGAGGCAUUUGGGAAGUUUACGGUUGCGAAUCCGAUUCAUCCUGAUGUGUUUCCCGGUGUGAGGAAGAUGGAGGCAGAGGUUGUCGCUAUGGUCCUUUCGCUGUUCAACGCUCCCGAAGGCGCCGUAGGCGUCACAACGAGCGGCGGCACCGAAUCCAUCCUCAUGGCCUGCCUCUCCGCGCGCAACAAAGCCUACCAAGAACGCGGCGUCACCGAGCCCGAAAUGAUCCUCCCCGAGACCGCACAUACGGCUUUCCGCAAAGCAGGCGAAUACUUCAAGAUUAAGAUCCACCUCGUAGCCUGCAAGGCGCCGUCCUACAAAGUUCACUUGCCCUCUGUUUCGCGUCUCAUCAAUCCCAAUACCAUCCUCCUAGUCGGUUCCGCGCCAAACUUUCCCCAUGGCAUCAUCGAUGAUAUCUCUGGUCUCUCGAAAUUGGCGCAUAAGAAGAAGUUGCCACUUCAUGUAGACUGCUGUCUUGGCUCGUUCAUUAUCCCGCUUCUACCCAAAGCAGGUUUUGACUCCGAGCCCUUCGACUUCAAACUCAAAGGUGUGACUAGUAUAUCCUGCGACACACACAAAUACGGAUUCGCGCCGAAGGGGAACAGCACCGUGCUAUACCGCUCCGAUGACUACCGCAAAUACCAAUAUUUUAUCAGUCCCGAUUGGUCCGGCGGCGUAUACGCUUCUCCCUCGAUCGCGGGAUCAAGACCUGGCGCGCUGAUUGCAGGAUGCUGGGCUAGUUUGGUCAAGCAGGGCGAGAGUGGAUAUGUGGAUGCAUGUCAUAAGAUUGUGGGCGCGAUGAAGAAGAUCGAGGGCACCAUUCGCGAGCGGCCUGAACUCUCCACAGACCUCAAAGUCAUCGGCCGACCCCUCGUCUCCGUCGUUGCAUUCCUCUCGAACACGUUGGAUAUUUACGACAUCGCAGAUGGUAUGUCUGAAAAGGGAUGGCAUCUCAACGCCCUCCAAUCACCCCCAGCGAUCCAUAUAGCUGUCACUUUACCCAUCGUCGCCGCUGUUGAUAAGCUGAUCGACGAUCUGGUCGAAGUCACUGAGGAGGUUAAGGAGAAGGAGAGAAGGCGGAUAGCAGAGGGGAAGGGAGCGAAGGGAGCGGUCAAGGGCGAUGCGGCGGCGCUGUACGGUGUUGCUGGGAGCCUGCCAAAUAAGAGUGUGGUUGUGGAUUUGGCGAAAGGGUUCUUGGAUACCUUGUAUAAGGCCUAGGGUUUCCGUCGGGUCCAUUGUUAUAUCUUACUAGAAUACUAAUGGGUUGAUAGCGUUCCAGAGCGUGUAUACAACCUUAAACCUUAGAAUGAUUGAUCGUACGUGAUUGGGCUGAUGUGAACUAGGAUUUCAU